UAUGUUUGACAUUAGAACCUUGGCAACAUGGCUGAUAUUAAGAACACAGUUAUUUUAGGAAAGAAACUUAAGUUUUAGGUACAUAGAAAUCUUGAACUUAAACCUAACUUGAUAAUUGUUAAACUCUAGACUUAUCUUACAGUCAAUAGUAUAAAAGUUAAGUGAUUUGAGUAGGUUUUGUGUGUUAUUCUUAAAUGGAUUCAGAAGACCUUUUAGCUCGUGAAAAUGAGUUCAAAAAACUUAACAAGCAAUUGGAAAAGAAAACUGAGAGUUUGAUGAAGGAAAUAGAGCAUGUUAUGCAAAAACAAGACAUAUUCUCUGAAUUCAGCAAGCUGACAUUAAGUCCUCUGCACAGGAACACAAAGAUACACUGCUGUGCUACCCUGUCAUCUUCCAACACAACACCAGAAAAAAAAUGUACAACAUCACACAAAAAUAACAAAAAAGUUCAUCACCAAAAAGUUCCUAUACCAAAUAAACAUAUUGUUACUAAUGAAUUUGUGAAUAACAAUAUAACAAAUGCAAAUGCUAAAGUAAAUGGAUAUAACAAUGUAACAAGUAUAGAUGCUAACAGAAGUGCAUCUAACAAUGUUACCAAUUGUACAGAAGGUACAGAAGUUAAUAGAUGUGGAUAUAACAACAUUACAAAUUGCAAAGAAGAUAACAGAAAUGUAUAUAACAAUGUAACAAAUUGCACAGAAGUUAACAGAAGUGGAUAUAACAAUACAAGUUGUACAGACACACAGACAAGUAAUAAUAGAUGUAAUUGCGAAUGCUACGUCUUGUCAAGUGAUAAGAAAGCGAAUGAUUUUGAGUUUUUGCACGCUUUUGUAUCUGUAAACGUUAAGGAUAAUGUGUUACCAACAUCUUUUAUGAAAGGUAAUUUAACAGUAGAAAAUGUAUGCAAGUUUCUAUCCGCAAAAGUGAAGUUGAUGCAAGAACAAAUUGAUAAACUGCAGGCGACUAUAGACCAGAAGGCAAAGCAAUGUGACAAACAUAUGACACACCUAGCAGAGCUCGAGAGUGAGCGCCUAACUCUACUCAACAGAGCAAACAGUAUGCGGGCUGACACUGCUCACACUAAGGCCAAGCACGCCGCCGCACAGAACAGAUUUGCCGAAAAAGACCGUCUCUACAAGGAACAAAGGAGCGUGACAGACAAACUGACAAACGAACUAAAACAACUGAAGUGCAAGAACGCAAGCCUAGAAGCAAGAUGUGCGUCGCAAGACGAAUCUAUAACUACCCUCAAACAACAACUGGAGACAGCCAAAAUGACUGAAAAGGAAUUUCGCGAUUCAACCCGCACGCUGUCCGCGUCUCACCAAUCCACCAUCCAACGUUUGGAAGCUCGUAUAAAGACACUAACACUACACACGGACAGACAGACCGCUCUUAUAGACAAUCUGAAGAAGCAAAACGCGCUGCUACAAACGGACGGAGCUGUCAAAGCGUUGGAGAAAGAAUAUUGUGAAUUUUUGAAACAGGAUUUUUAAUA